AUGGCGAAUGCCGAAGUGAGCGUCCCUGUGGGCGAUGUGGUGGUUGUACCAAGUGACGGAAACGAAGGGGAGAACCCGGAGGAUACCAAAACCCAAGUGAUCUUGCAGCUCCAGCCGGUGCAGCAAGGGAUUUACCAAGAGGGCUCUGAGGCCAGCGCCGCCGUAGUGGCCGUCGAAACCCACACCAUCCACAAGCUCGAAGAAGGGAUCGACCCCAGCACCAUUGAAACGAACGAGGAAAUCGAGAUCGCCUAUCCCAUCACCUGCGGGGAGAGCAAAGCCAUCCUGCUCUGGAAGAAGUUCGUCUGUCCAGGAAUUAAUGUCAAGUGUGUAAAGUUCAAUGACCAACUGAUCAGCCCGAAGCAUUUUGUUCACCUGGCUGGGAAGUCUACCCUAAAGGACUGGAAGAGAGCCAUUCGCCUUGGAGGAAUCAUGCUGAGGAAGAUGAUGGACUCGGGGCAAAUCGACUUCUACCAGCACGACAAAGUUUGCACCAACACCUGUCGAAGCACCAAGUUUGAUCUCCUGAUCAGCAGCGCCAGAGCACCGGUGCCAGGGCAGCAGAGCGUGGUGCAGACUCCUACAUCAGCUGAUGGGAGCAUCACCCAGAUCGCGCUGUCGGAGGAGAGCAUGGAGGAGGGGAUUGAGUGGAACUCGGCUCUGACGGCUGCCGUCACCAUGGCCACUGAGGAAGGCAUGAAAAAGGACACGGAUGAGAUCUCGGAGGACACGCUGAUGUUCUGGAAAGGAAUAGCUGAUGUGGGGCUGAUGGAAGAGGUCGUGUGCAACAUCCAGAAGGAGAUAGAAGAAGUCCUAAGAGGUGUCCAGCAGAGGUUGGGUCAGUCUCCCUUCCAGAUGACAGAUGCUGCAGUCUUGAACAACGUCGCCCACACGUUUGGCCUAAUGGACACAGUCAAGAAGGUUCUGGACAACAGGAAAAACCAGACAGAGCAAGGAGAGGAACAAUUUCUUUACACACUGGCAGACCUGGAGCGGCAGCUGGAAGAGCAGAAGAAACUCGCCAAGGACCAGAAGGCAAAGUCCCAAACCAUCCAGAACGUGGUGCUGAUGCCCGUCAGCGCUCCCAAGCCCCCCAAGAGACCCCGCCUGCAGCGCCCAGCCUCCGCCACCGUCCUCAGCCCCUCCACCCCCAUCCAGCAGCCUCAGUUCACGGUCAUCUCGCCCAUCGCUAUUGCGCCCGUCGGACAGCAGUUCUCCGUGGGCAACAUCCCAGUGGCAACCAUUAGCCAAGGCUCCAGCCCGGUGACUGUUCAUACCUUGCCGUCCGUGGCGGCAGUGGUCAACCCCGUGGAACUGGUGGCCAUGGAGUCCGGCCUCACUUCCACCAUCCAAGCUGUGGAAGGCACCUCGGAUGACGGGCAGACCAUCAUAGAGAUCGAUCCGGCGCCGGAUCCUGAAGCGGACACGGACGAGUCGGAGGGCAAAGCUGUGAUCCUGGAGACGGAGCUGAGGACUGAGGAGAAAGUGGUGGGAGAUGUGGAGGACCAUCAGCACCAGAUCCAUAACGUGGAGAUUGUGGUCUUGGAGGACUAG